AUGAGCAAAUAUCAAAGCCAUAGUGAGGCAAUUUUGGAGAUGCAAGAUAAAUUAAAUCUCUUGGAUGGUGACCGAGAGAGGAAGGCCACGCUUGAAACAAAGCAAAAGGCUCUCCAAAAGAACAACGACACUUUGGAAAUGGUAAAGAAAGAAAAUAAGGAUUUAAAGGAGUCAUUGAAAAAGUUACAAAAGGAAGUCGGAGGAAACAAUGGAGAGAAAACGUUUCAACAGAAAGAGUUUGAUCGUCUUGAAACAAUACUUCACUUGAAACGACAAGAAUUUGACGAGCUAUUAGCGAUUGCUCAGAACCUGCAAAAAACUAUUCGAAAAAAGGAAGACAUUCUCAACGAUUUCAACAAGGAAAAGGCACCUAUUCUCACUGAUGACUCGCCGCUAACAAGACAAAUCAGAAUUUUGGAAAACAGGUUGGACAAGGCUAUGAUAAAAUAUAACGAAGCUCAAAGCAUCAAAAAAACGUACGAACAAAUUUUAGAAAGGCUCAAGGAAGAGAGAAUAGGGUUUGAUAAUCAGUUACAAGCAAUAGAAAGAACACUUCGAUCAAAAGAUAAGGACUAUGUAGAACUGUUAAACAUGUCGCGAGACGCAAACUACCUUCGAGAACUAGCAAAGAACGAGCUAGCACAAGCAACAGCAGAGUUUGAAGAGUCUGUAAAAGAACUAAGAAAAGAAUUAGAUGAAAAGAAGAAGUACGUGGAAGCUCGUGUAAAUUUGACAACUGACCUGGCUAAAAAAGAAGCCACGAGACGAAGAAACCAAGACGAUGAGGGGUCAAGAAAGAACCGGUCUUCGAGCUCCUCUUCUCAACAAAUGCUUGGGUAUAGCAAGUCUGGACCCCCUGACGAGGACAGGGACCGAUUGCAGGUGCUUGAGGAAAAAUGGAGGAAGUUAAAGGAAGUGACAGGUGUAGAUGAUGUUAAUGAGGUGAUUCAAAAGUUUUUGUCGUCAUCUGACACUCACAAGAAUCUUGAGCAAAUGACAAAAGAUUCUCAGAAACGAAUUGAACACCUCACAGAAAAGAAGGCGAACCUCAAAACUAAAUUGGAGGAUCUAAAGUAUUCUCAAUCGUCAGGAUUGGGAAGUAGGCGAAUAGUGGACGAAUUUAUUCAACAAUUGUCAGAAUCCCAGUCUAAGAAUGAAAGACAAAAGCAACAGUUUGAAAGAAUUGCAAAAAUUUUGGUGAACGUCAAAGCAGGAGCAGAGCAUUUGAAUGACAAGAUGAGCCCCGCUCUAGUUGAGCUCACUCUUGAUGAAACUCUACGAAAGAAAUUUAUUGAGGAAAUUGCAAGAGGAGAAGAUAUGACUGUGGCAGAUGAUUUCAAUGACACCGUAAGCAUGUCGACCGUUUCACUAGGUACUCAAAGCAACGAGGAGCGUCAUAUUGUUAACUUGCUUGCACAGUGCUAUGUCAAUGUUUCUUCCAUUCUUGACAGCCUUCCUUCAGAAGAAGAAAUGUUCCAGGAUGCCCUUCGUAAUUCAGAUUCUCUAGAUUUCAACCAAAGCAGGAACAAUAUUAGAAUCAAACUAAGCGAGGAAGUGGGACAAGAUAGCGAAUCUGAGGAUGAAGACGAUGAUAAAGAGGCUGAGCUCAUAAGUAGAAUGAACGUAAAGAAGAAGGCAGAGAAAAUACUCAAAACAAAGGUUGUCAAAAAGUAG